CUUUUACUAUUCAAAAUCUUUAAAGAGGGGGAAUCCUUCAUUUUUAAUAAAAAGCUCUGUAAACCCUAACACCUUUCUCCUCUUCUUCCUCUUUAACAAUGGCUUCUGAAGCAGUACCCAUCAAUCCAUCGCCACCACAACAACCACCGCUUGCUAUUAUCCCCACCACCCACCAGCUCCUACCCCCAUCCACCACCGCAGCAGCCGCCACUAGCGUCUCUCCCCUCGCCAAAACCCAAGAACAACUCGUCCUCUCUAUAACCAAACCACGCUCUAAAGACCGUCACAAGAAGGUGGAUGGCCGGGGGACACGUGUGCGUCUUCCGGCCGACUGCGCCGCAAGAAUCUUUCAACUGACUCGAGAGCUUGGCCACCAAACUAAUGGCCAGACCGUUGAAUGGCUCCUCCGCCAUGUUCCCUCAUCAGACUUCCCUUCUUCCGCCACCGCUGCCGCCACCACUAACGCCCCAGCUGAUAAUCCCGGCCUGCAUGUAAAAUCUUUAAAGAAGAAAAGUUCAAUGGUAUCAAAAAAGAAAGAUACCCAGUUACAUAAUUCUUUAAAGCAUUGUGCUGCUGAUUCAAGAACAGAAGCACCAGGGAUGAGAAUGGUGGUGGAGGAAGAGGAAGAGAUUAAGAAAGAAGAUGUAAAGAAGAGUGAGUUUGAGUUAUUUCAUAGUUUAGAUGGGACUUUUCCUUACAUUUCUUUUACUAAUUUAUUGAUGCAAUAUGAGAGGGAUCCAUGAUGAUGAAAUCUGUUUCAUUUUCUUUGUUUAAGUUGCAAAUAUAUUAACUUAAUUGUGUAAUUGUAGUAAUUGAAGGAUGUGGAGUAUGGCUUUAUUGGCCUGAUUGGAUUAAAGUUAUUAGCAUAAGCAAAAUUUGAGAUCGUUUGUUGAGUAUAAGCUUUUUCUCUGUUUUUUUUAUUACUUAUUUAUGUAAAUUUUAAUACCCAAGUAUUUUAAAUUCAGUAAUUUUUAUUAGAUUUAACAAACAUGCCCUUUAAUUGGUGUUUUAUGGGGAUGGUUAAUUCCCAUCAUGUAGCUGAGCCUUGAUUUGCUUAAGCCUGUAAAGACUGAUGAGAGCAGAAGCUGGGCUUGAUAGGUUAGCGGGUGCGGAUGUAUAAUUUCUCGGAGCACAGAGGAGGGUUAAUCGGCAGUCUAUGUGAGGAGUCGCUUGGAUAAUUAGUUUCCACGAGAUCAGCUAAGGCUUAAUUGGUUUGCGCCAUUGUGGAGAGUAGCCGAGAGGUAUUUUCCAAGAGUGAAGCUUAGGCUUAAUUGGUUGCCCGGGGCCAGGUAUGGAAGUGAGUUUCCAAGAGUUCGACAAAUGCUUAAUUUGUUCACGUGUAUGCAGGGAGUAGCCGAAAUGGUUUUAUCCUAAGAUUGUAACGGAGGCUUAAUUGGUGACCCGAGUGUGGAAGUUAGUUUCCAGUGCUCGGAGGAGGUUUAAUUUAUUUGCGUGUAUGCAGGGAAUAGCUGAAAUGGUUAUAUCCUAAGAGUAUAGCAGAGGCUUAAGUGGUGACCUGAGUGUGGGAAUUAGUUUCCAGUGUUCAGCGGAGGCUUAUUUUGUUUGCGCUUAUGUGGAGAGUAGCCGACAAUGGUUACCAAGAGUGUAGCGGAGGCUUAAUUGGUUACCCGAAUGUGGAAGUUAGUUUCCAUGAGUUCAGCGAAAACAUAAUUUGUUUGAACAUAUGUAGAGAGUAGGCUAGAUGGUCAGUUCCCGAGGGCAUAGGGAGGCUUAAUUGGUUGCCCAGGGGCGGAUGAUUAGUUUCCAUGAGUUCAACGGAAGCUUUAUUUGUUUGCCCGUGCAUGAAGAUUGAAGAGUAGCUUGGGUGGUUAUUUCCAAAGGGCUCACCGGAAAAGCUUAAAUUUGUUUGCGCUCGUGUGAUGAUCGAAGAGCAGCUUGGGCGGUUAGUUCUGAAGGGUUCGGCUAAGCAUUUUGUUGAGGUACUAAUAAAUGAAUUACGUCUUAAAAUUUGAAGAAAAUUUGUAUUGUGGAUUGGUGAUUUCAGAUCAUCAAAUCUGAAUUCGAAUAUAUGAUGUCUAUGCCUAUGCAAACCAAGUAUAUGAAAUAGAAAUAUAUGAUGUCUUAUGCUUUUUA